CUUAAAUAGCCCCAUAAAACACCCACGAAGACAUUUUAGACUCUGUAAAGUGGAACACGUGAUAUUCGAGCGGACAGGGACCGAAUAUCAAUCAUAAGGGCACACAAGAACAUAACAAAAGCCACCUGCCCGCCUCUGUGCCAGCUCUGCCGCCUAAUAAACUACUCGUACUCAGCCCAGUCUCCUCCAGGCAGAACACGGCCAUGGAGGUGGGCGGGGUGCUGACCUACGAAGGCAGCAAUUACUUCCGCCAAAGACUGAUCUUGUCCAGCCUGAGCGGGAAGCCUGUGAGAAUACGAAACAUCAGGACGAAGGCAGACGACCCUGGCCUAAGAGAUUAUGAGGUCAGCUUUAUCCGGCUUUUGGAUUGCCUCAACAAUGGAAGCCAAAUUGAAGUCAAUGAGACAGGCACAGCAUUAUUGUAUCGGCCAGGUGUGUUGACAGGUGGGCGACUCGAACACUCCUGUCCUCUGUCUCGAGGCAUCGGGUAUUUCCUUGAGCCUCUGUGUAUGCUGGCGCCUUUCUGCAAGUCUCCACUCAACGCGAUGCUGAUUGGCGUUACCAACAAUGAGGUAGACCCGUCAGUGGACAUGAUCCAAGCAUCCCUGGUGCCUGUAUUGCGAAGGUUUGUGGGUGGUGAAGACGGACCCAACAUAAAAUGCAUAAGACGUGGCAUGAGGCCAGGAGGAGGAGGCAAAGUGCACUUCACCUGUCCCAUCAGGAGGAGUUUGACAGCCUUUCAGUGGCUGGACAGUGGACAGAUCAAAAGGAUACGUGGCGUGGCGUACACAAGCCGCGUGACACCAACUGUGGCAAACCGAAUGUUAGAUGCAGCUAAAGGACUCUUCCUGACGUACCUGACAGAUGUUUACAUCACGGUGGACAACGCUAAGGCUGCUUCACCUGGGUUUGGUCUCUGUGCUGUGGCGGAGAGCAACAAGGGAACAAGUUUGUGUGCAGAAGCCAUGAGUCAGACUCCAGGCCAGGAUGAGGGACAAGUCACAGUCAGCACACCGGAAGAGAUUGGUCGCGAGGCUGCCAGUCGUCUGUUGGAGGAAAUCUGGCGUGGUGGCUGUGUUGAUGCUAUUGGUCAGCCACUGCUGUUGUUGUUUAUGGCUCUGGCACCAACUGAUGUUUCAAAAACUAUGCUGGGCCCACUGACCCCAUACACGAUGCACUUUCUGCGCCACUUGAAAGACUUCUUCCAUGUCACGUUCAAAAUAGAUGAGUAUAAAGAAGAGAGGACCAUUGAAGAAGACAGUCACUUAGCAGAGAGGAGUACAGGGGCCGCAAAGCUUCUCCUGACAUGUGUCGGUGUUGGCUACACCAACAUUGGCAAGGGGCAGACCUAAGGACCUAAAUGUGUGUGUGUGUGUGUGUGUGUGAGAGAGAGAGAGAGAGAGAGAGAGAGAGAGAGAGAACCAACUUAAAUAAGUUCACCAUCCACAUUCUACAUGUUGCUGGUUAAUGAGAUCAACUAAUCAUCCAAAAUCUCCAUAUCAUUUGAUUUGACUGUUGUUCAUCAAGAGGGAAUGCUGCAGGACUUGUCCAUUCAGCCUCAGUAAUGUAAGCAAGUAAUUGUAAUUUACACUACUGCAAUAAAACUUGAUUUUAUUAU